AUGGAUAGUGGUGGAGCUGGAGGCUUCCCAAGCAAUGGGAUGCAGAAUGGAUAUGGCAAUGGUGCCCAGAUUCCAUAUGGCAGUCAGUUAGGCGGUCCAGCUGCUGCUGCUGCUGCUGCCUCAGCCAAGUAUGGAGGUGCUGGGCAAAAUCCAUACAGAGGACAACCACAACAACCAGAAGCUACCGGCCUGGGAAAUUAUGGUGCUGGCAGAUAUGGAGACCCCAGCCAGCUGCCAUAUGGUGCUCAACCUGCUGGUCUUGGAGUAGAUGGUAAAGCAGGACCAUUUGGUGGGCCACAAGUAGGAUAUGAACCCCAGCCUGCCAAGGCGAUAGGGUUGGAUGGCAAUGGAAAUGGACUAGGAUAUUUGAACACUAGAGACCCUCAAGCUAAUGGACUGGGGGCAGCUGGGUAUGGUCCCCUUGCUGCAGGGCAAGCUCCAGGAGGAUAUCGCAGUCUGCCAGGCCCUGGACAGCCACUAGGAGGAUAUCGAGGGAAGGAAUCGAAGUACGGAAUGAAUGGAUACAUGGGAAAUGGCUAUAGAGGUCGCUGCUCUUCUGGAAAAUGCUGAAAGACAAUACUGUUCUUCAGAACUUCCUACAGCAAGAUCUGACAUCUAGACAAUCUUUGGUGCUACGUUUAAAGACCAACAACUGCAUUCCCAAUAUAAAUGGCUGUGUCUUUUUCCUUCUGUAUGUUUUAUUUUGUCAUUAGAAAUGUUUCAUUUUUUUAAAAAAAGAUU